AUGAAUCCAGAUCAAUUUAAUCUUUUGUAUAAUAUGAUCGCACAUAGACUUCAAAAAGUUAGCAGAAGACGGCCUUUAUCAAAAAAGCUUAGAUUGAUUGUAACUUUAAAAUAUUUAGCAAACGGUGACAGCAACCGAACAACAUCAAAUUUUUUUCGCAUUGGUCACUCGACUACAUACAGAAUAAUAAUAGAAGUGUGUAACAUUAUCUGGGAGUGUUUGUCACCCAUUUAUCUACCGAGAAAGGACGCUUUUGACUGGCAAGUUGUUGCUCGCGGCUUUUAUCAAAAGUGGAAUUUCCCAAAUUGUGUUGGCGCUAUCGAUGGGAAGGAAAUACGUAUCAAAAAACCUCCUCAUUCUGGAACCAUGUAUUAUAAUUACAAAAAGUUUUGUAGCUUUAAAUUAUUGGCAGCAUGCGAUGCUUUUUAUAGGUUUACUUGGGUGGACGUUGGAAAUUACGGUUCCAUAAGUGACUAUGCAGCAUUUGUGCGCACCGAUUUGAGUAUAGCUUUAGAAAACAAUGAAGUUGAUUUACCACCUGAUGGUGAAAUACCCGGGACAAAUAUUGUUUUACCAUACUGCUUCAUUGGAGAUGCAAUAUUUCCUUUUAGACGAUACCUAAUGAAGCCUUAUGAUAGGAAUCAAAGACUUAAUGACAUUGAAAACAAUUUCAAUUACAGAUUGGCCAGAGGUCGAAACACCAUUGAGGAUUCCUUUGGUCUAUGGACAAACAAAUGGACAAACAAAUGGACAAUUUAUAAAAAAAAAUUGGAGUUUAAAGUUGACAACUCUAUAUCCAUUGUAUUGGCUUUAGUUUGUUUGCAUAAUUUCAUAAUUACGCAAGAAUUGCUGUUGGAUGAAGUUGACAGAAUGUAUACUCAAGAAAAUGAACACAGGCAAAAUUUAUUAAUUGAUGAAAACAACCCUAACGUACAAGAAAAUGUUCAAAUUCCUGAUAGUGUUUUUCAACAAAGGAAUAUGCUUGCCGAAUACUUUAUUUCAGAGGAAGGAAUUUUGCGCUAG